AUGGAGAGGUUCGAUGAUCUGGGACGAGAGUUGACAGGGAGGGUCGACGAUCUGGCAGGGAAGGUCGACUAUCUGACAGGGCGGGUCGACGAUAUGGGACGAGAGUUGACAGGGAGGGUUGACAAUUUAUCCCAUGAUGUUGGAAUAUUACAGUCUUCCGUUGUCGACCUUCAGGAUAUAGUAGCGGUGCUUAGAGGAGAUUUAGCCGGCAGACGAUGGGGGGACAGAGGGGAUGGCGGAGAUCAUGAUCGAGAGGGUGGCAGAGAUGGGGGUGGCCCCGAUGGGGAUAGGAGAGGGGACUACGGAGGGGGUGGCCUCGACGGGAGGGGCGGAGGAGGUGGCGACGGAUGGGGAGGCCCCGAUGGGAGGGGCGGAGGAGGUGGCCUUAGAGGUCGAGAGGACGUCCGGCGUGAUUGA